CGGUUUCGUAGUGUCGUCAUCAAGACACACGCCACCGCCUUCCCUGUGGCCCUUUGUGGCUUUGUGGCGCCCUUCUGCUGGAGUUGGAUACGCGCGCUUUUCCGUAACCAGCCCGCGAAGAAAUGUGGACAGAGCCCUGGAAAGUGAGCGAGUGAAAGGGUGCGGCAGCAAGCGGGAAGAAUCAGAAGGAGGGUUGGUGGCUGAGCAAAAACGAAGAACCAACCCCCUCCCCCCCCUCUCCCGUCCCCUCUCUUUCCCUGAGCGUAGGUUAUAAACAUAUAAAAAUACAUAAUCAAGCGUUCAGUGUGGUACGAUCGGUUCGCCCGAGUGGACGCAAAGCCUCGCAGUGUCUCUUGCGGAGUGCAGCGAUUGCAUGUGUGUGUGUGUGUACAUGUGGAGAGCAGAGUAUCUAAACUAAGCAACAAAAAACCAUAAAAAUCUCGCGCGUGAAAAGUGAGCGUGUGUGUGAGAGCCCCCCAUCCCAGGCCUUUAAGCCAAAUUAGCUUUGUAACGUUGCGAUCGUUUUACCCGCGCGCGUCAGAAUGCAGCCUGCAGGUCUGGCAGUACUGCUGGUGGCGGUGUGGUGCCACGCCGUGCCUGCCAUCGCCGACGUCCAGCCCGAGCAGCGCAACUUUGAGCCGAGCACCGAUCCGGCCCUGUUCGCGUUCGACCGUGGUGCCGGCGACGGUGGCCUGUACACGUUCGACAACCUGUCGGUCGCGCAGGACCCGCGCGCCUACCGCCCGGACGUCGGUGCGCUCGACUUCGUGUACCACAACCAUGAGGAGAUGACGCGCUACCUGCGGGCGACGACCGCGCGCUACCCGAACCUGACCGCCCUGUACUCGAUCGGCAAAUCGGCCCAGGGCCGGGACCUGUGGGUGCUGGUCGUGUCGGCCUCCCCGUACGAGCACAUGCUCGGCAAGCCGGACGUCAAGUACAUUGGCAACAUCCACGGUAACGAGGCGGUCGGACGGGAGCUGCUCCUGCAUCUGAUCCAGUACCUGGUGUCGAGCUACGGGUCCGAUCCGUACAUCAAGUGGCUGCUGGACAACACGCGCAUCCACAUACUGCCCUCGCUCAACCCGGACGGGUACGCGGCAUCGAAGGAGGGCACCUGCGACGGUGGCCAGGGGCGGUACAAUUCGCGCGGCUUCGAUCUGAACCGCAACUUCCCGGACUACUUCAAGCAGAACAACAAGCGGUCCCAGCCGGAAACGGAAGCGGUCAAGGACUGGAUCUCGAAGAUACAGUUCGUGCUGAGCGGGUCGCUGCACGGUGGCGCACUGGUGGUGAGCUACCCGUACGACAACACGCCGAAUGCUAAAAUCUGUCGGUCAUCAUCAACCUGUGCCGUCUUCCACAGCUACCUGUCGCAACCGUCGUUGACACCGGACGACGACGUGUUCAAGCAUCUGUCGCUAAUAUACGCGAACAACCACGGUAAGAUGUCGCGCGGUGUCGCCUGCAAAACUGCGUCACCCUCGUUCGAGAACGGCAUCACGAACGGGGCGGCCUGGUACCCGCUGACCGGCGGCAUGCAGGACUUCAACUACGUCUGGCACGGCUGCAUGGAGGUGACGCUCGAGGUGUCCUGCUGCAAGUUUCCGCCCGCGUACGAGCUGCGCAAGUACUGGGACGACAACCAGAUGUCGAUGAUCAAGUUCCUGGCGGAGGCGCACCGGGGCGUCCAGGGCUUCAUCAUGGACCCGACCGGCAAUCCGGUCGAGCGGGCGCAGCUCAAGAUUAAGGGGCGCGACAUCGGCUUCACCACCACCAAGUACGGCGAGUUCUGGCGCAUCCUGCUGCCCGGCGUCUACAAGCUGGAGGUGUACGCGGACGGGUUCGUGCCGAAAGAUGUGGACUUCAUGAUCGUCGAGCAGCAUCCGACGCUGCUGAACGUGACGCUACAGCCGGCCAAGGAAGCCGCGGAAUACAGCGCCAGUCAGCUGCCCGGUGCGUCUUACGACCGGCCGCUAACGCCAACCACACCCAUUGUCAACCGUGAGCCUGCCCGACCGAAUGCGGCAAACCAGGAUCGGCUCAUUUUUACCUCCUGAGCGCAGCACGCGAAGCGAUUUGUUUUGUACAUAGAAUAGAAGUUUCCUCCGCUUACCAUCCUCCGCCAAUCUAAUCUAAGUUAGUCGUAUGGAGGCAGUUACGCAAAAGGCAGUCAAACGACGGUUCAAGAUGGCGGCCAGUCCAGAUCAGGCUAACUGCUAAUGGGCACGCGUGCUCUGACGGAAGGCGGUGGCUACUUAAACCCCUCACCGAUUGGGGAUAAGUGUGAAGGCUUGUGCAAUACUUUUAUCUUUCUUGUUUUUUUUUUUCAUCCUUUAAUGAAUUUAACGUCUGGUGUUUUCUUCACUUUCCACUUACUGGUUAAAUCUGCGACACUAAAACCACACUCGUUCGUUCCUGUUGAAGUUUGCAAAGCUGCUCAACGGUUCUUCAGCCACGUGGCGAGUGAUCGUGUCGGGACAGCUCGUCGUGUCGUGAAGCGUGAACAUGUACAUACGGUUACGAUAAGAGGAAUAUGGCGUAUAUGUAUCUAUGGAGGUGUUCCGGGAUGACCUAACCGCACUUUCUCUACUUCCCAUAAACUGUUCAACACUUCGGAGA